UUAAUUUAACAAAAAAAGGUGUCAUUAAUGGGAGAUUUUGUACACCUACAAAGAAAUCCUGAAUUUCGGAGUAAACAAGAUUUACAAAAUGAAUUUCAAUUUAAUCCUGUCAAUCGACGUCAUUCAGUCCAGAUUACUUGUGGAACUCAAGAAGAAAAGCCCCCAAUCCAUCAACGAACAUUCUCUGCCCAAUUAAAUAACCAAACAAAUAAUCAUCGGCGCCAACGAUCAGAAGCUUUAAUGAAAACAAAUUCAAAUAAUUUUGAAGAAAGAAGACAAAAACAACAAAGAAGAGUAUCCGAACCUUUUAUUUUUGUACCAAAUAAUUUUGGAAAUAAUUUUGGAAAUGAAAGGAAAAGACGUUCACCAAUUAAAUGCCAAUCAUUUGAUUGUUCUCUCUCUACAGAACAACAACAAUUAGAUGAUACAAAUAAUUUUAAUAAUUUACAUUCUAAUUCUGAUUCCUAUUCAUUAGAGGGACGUUUAACCCCUUCCUCCCUCUCAAAAUCAGCAACAUUUUCUAAACUUUUCUCCCAACAAUUACCUAUUGAAGAAGUUGAGGAAUACGAAACAGACAUGGAUGGACAAAGAAGACAAAGUACUGCUAGAAGACCUCAAAUUGAACAAAUGCAUUAUGGGACUAUAAUUCGACUUUAG